CUCAUGGGUAUGGCAAAGCCCAUGCUCAAGCUCAACCCAAAACGCAUCAUUUCAAGAAAGUUCCAAACUCGUAGGAUUAAAGGAUUACAUAAUAAAUAGCCUAGCAUCAUUUUUUCACAACCAUAUUUCUUUCAGAUUUGUUUUCUCUUACCUUUAUUAUUAUACAAGUAAUCACACUAAAGUAUUUAAUCUAACUGCGAGAUAUGAUACCUUCCCCUUCGAUUUCCUUCUUUUAGAAAUGAUCAUUAAAUAUAUAAAGAUUCUUAUCUUAGAGGAUCCCAUUCUUGGUAAUUUGGGUUGGUAAGAAAGAAUAUUUUAGUGUAGUAGCAGUAAUAAUAAUGGGGAACGUGAGUGGAAGAGAAGAUGGAAGCGACAACAGCCAAUCUGGGGUUGAAAGUGGCGGUGCCGUUGGUGGCGCUGCGCCGGAUAGCAUGGCUGAUCAAGAUCCUGCUGGCGGUGAGUUCAUGGGUCAUUCCCCCCCUCCCAGCCCUAGGGCUUCUCACUCUCCUUUAAUGUUCAGACCUCAGAUGCCAUUGGUUCCUUUACAAAGACCUGAGGAGAUGAACAUUCCCAGUCCAUCAUGGAUGCAAACUACUUCGCGGCACGAAGAUGUUUGUAAUGAGCAAGGAAUUCCAACAAUGAUUACAUGGAGUCUCUACGGCAAGGAAGUUGCCGUGGAAGGAUCAUGGGAUGAUUGGAAAACAAGGAUACCCUUGCAAAGAUCAGGAAAAGACUUCACCAUUAUGAAAGUACUUCCUUCAGGAGUUUAUCAAUACAGGUUCAUUGUUGAUGGACAAUGGAGGUAUUCUCCUGACUUGCCGUGGGCCCAGGAUGAAUCUGGCAAUGCUUACAACAUUUUAGACUUGCAGGAUUAUGUCCCUGAAGAUAUCGAUAACAUUUCUGGGUUUGAACCACCUCAGUCCCCAGAUGCCAGCUACAACAAUCUGCAACUCGGUCCAGAGGACUAUGCUAAGGAACCGCCAGUGGUUCCUCCACAUCUACAGUUGACUUUGCUUAAUGCUCCGGCACCUCAAAUGGAGAUUCCACCUCCCUUUUCAAGACCUCAACAUGUAGUGCUGAAUCAUCUCUACAUGCAGAAAGGUAGGGGCAGUCCAUCGGUUGUGGCACUUGGUUCAACUCAUCGGUUCCAUUCCAAAUACGUGACAGUCGUGCUUUACAAGUCCAUAAAGAGAUGAAAUCUGAAAUCAGCAAAGAUUGCUGUCUUUAUUCCCUAAAUGUAAUCGAUAUGAUUUUCAAUAGUAAAUGUCAGGCCAAAUUCUUGUGUGAACUUUGGAAAAAGCCAGAACUUUGAAAUCUAUUUGGAAGGCAAAUUCUUGGGCACUUAUUCCCCAGUUUUGUGAUUUUUUC